UCCGAGAGUUCUCCGCUAUCUAAAGUUUGGAGAGGAUCUUUCUUCCAGCAUGGGGGACAUCGAGGCUCCCAGCAGCUCCAGCGGGCCGCGCCAGUCCGCCCUGCUCUCGCUUCUCCCGAGCAAAGAGUUCGCCACAUCCCGGAAAGGAAUGCUGCUCAUUGCUGAAGUGGCUCUUUCCUUCAUAUCUUUUUUUUGCUUCGCGGCGUCAGCAGCAGCUGCCUUCGUGACCGUCCCCCUGCUGGAGUUCCUGGCUGCUGUUUUCGUAUUGUUUGCUUACUCGACCAAAUUCAACGAGAGGUUUAAAGGCUUCUGCUGGCCUCUCAUGGAUUUCAUGAGAUGUGUGACUGCUGCCAUUAUCUAUUUCAUUGUCUCCAUAAUGGCAGUGUCCAAAUAUGUGGACGGCUCCUCCAAAGCUGCAGGGAUAUUCGGGUUUAUCGCCACCAUUGCCUUUGCCAUAGAUUUUUAUCUCAUUUUUAAUGAGCUGGCCACUUUCUUAAAGCAAGGAGGGGGGUCCAAUGAGGAGCCCUCAGGACAGCAAGAUGAUAUUUCAGACUCAGACUCGGACUGAAAUCUCAGGGAUCGUCGCCAGGAGAUGUUUCAUCUCAACAUUUGUGAAGAGGUACCAGUGCUGGGCUGCCAUUUGCAAAGACCUUCAAGAGUCUCAUUAUUCCAAAAUGCCGCGUUAAAACCGUUAACGGCAGAAAUCACAACAGCACAACAGGAUCAAAAUGUUUUUAUUUUGGUUCAUUUCACGCUUCUGUUUGUAGUUGUGGAAAUCUGGAGACCUGUAUAAAAGUUCUGUGGCACAUUUCUGACACUAUUCGUGUCACCAGUGCUUUCUGAUAUUCCCAUUUAGUUUAUAGAAAUAACACAGCUCAUGUCUCAUACUGGGUGUCUUAUCCACAUGCAGUUAUCAAAAAAUAUCCACUUUUCCCAAAUCCCUGCUGAUACUUCGUAAAGCUGUGAAACUGUCCUGUCUCUUUUCUUUUUUUUAGUAGUUGUAUAAUCAAAAUAAGGAAGCAAAUAUCUAAACCUGAAAUCAUGACUAAAACUGAUUUUUGAAAACUUCUUAUGACCGUGUUUUAAACUAAGUCAAACUAAAACGCUAGAUUAAUGGCCUUAACAAAUAAAUACUUACUAACUCCUUCAUAAUUUUAUAAAAUCAAAGCUGUUCAGAUCUUAUUAUGUGGAAGUGAUAAAAUAAUACGUGACAUACAGUUAACAGAGUUCAGAUUAAAACCUGCAUGUGCUGUACAUAGACGAGGAGAUUGGUUGGCUGGUUACAACCUAACUUUUGUAAAUCUACAGGAAUGUGUUUUCAGUCAUUUGAGGAUGGUGUGUGAAGACUGUUGUAUCUUCUUAUGUUUUAACACCUCGGUAACGGUGACAUGCUGUACUCCAUGGCAGCCUGUUAAUGAUUGUGUGAUGCUGUGUUUAUGUCCCAGGUACAUUUCGUUUGGGCAAAAUUAAAAAAGAAAGAAAUGAUGCUACACUUCCAGACUUUGCAGCCUGGCCAGCCAUACCCAUUAUCUGACAUAAUUCUCUCUUGGGAAAUAGCUCUGGUACCCCUCCCAUACACAGCUACUUCCACUGGUACAAAACGUACCAAACCUUUCACAGAGUGGACAUGUGGGUUUUAAAAAAUUACUCAUAUAGUAGCAUCUAAGAGCCAGAAAAACCAACCAAAAUAGCUGUAAAAUCCUUAAUAAUUCCAGGAAUCAAGUUUUACUGCAAAACUGACAACAGUCAUUCACCAGCGUUUCUAUUCUAGAUCACGUUAUUUGGAUGCAUUUUCUUGUUUAUUUUUGAUACUAGUGUGUGGUUGUGUGCCUGUCCAGUGGUAUUCAGAGGUAUUUUCUUCUGCGUUCAUCGGUACAAUCCUGCAGAGAUCAAAGUUGAAUCCAGAGGAACUACAAUAAUUCUUUGAAGUAAAGAAUGAAGACAGCUGGCUCGGCUAGAACUUUCCCUUUCAACCCAAAGUUACAGAGACCAUCUAAUCAUAUGUUUCAGUUCCUCUGCUGUAUCUUUCUGCCUCAACAAGUCUAGAUUAUGCAGUAUUUCUUUGAGAAAAUCUAAAUAGAAAUUGUGUGACUACAUUUCGAUUCUGCAUGUUUUUUCAUUGUUCUCCUUAUCCACCUCUCCCGAUGCACGAGAGAGCGUCACUGUCUGGUCAUGUGAUACAAACUGCACAAUGUGAUUGUCAAAAUGAUGCUGACUGCAAAUUGGAGUAAUUAAUCCAGUGUAAAACUCUGUGGCAUCUUUGUGUGUAGUAAGGCUAUA